AUAGUGGCACAACCAAAGACCAAUCAGGUCCGAGCUCGAAGAAAAGAAGAAUGCAAGAAAAGCCAGAUAGAAAAAAGUUGAAUAUCUUGAUGGAAAAUACAUUUUCGAUUCUGGAUAAUUUGAGAACUAUGCCGACUGAUGAAUCUGAGAUUGAUGCAUUUUGGAUUGGACAUCCUGUUCCUGAAAUGAUAAAGGAAAAAUAUAAUAACAAGAAAGACAAUAGUGGUACACAAGAUUUAAAUGGCUCUAUAUUACCCUCUGAUGAUGAGGAAGGGGAAGAAUAUCACGACGACGACAAUGCUAAAAAUGAACCUAUAAAAAACGAUACCAAAAUACCAAUAGUUCUUCGAUUACAUGAACACAAACGAGUAUUCUCUGAAUGUUGGUUAUCCUUAUUAAAAUUACCAAUGACACUUGAUUCGUACAAAAAAAUAUUAUUAAUUAUGCACAAGAAAAUAAUUCCGCACAUGUUACAGCCACUGUUGUUGAUGGACUUUUUGACAGACUCUUAUAAUGCUGGUGGAGUUGUAAGUUUAUUGGCUUUGAAUGGUCUUUUUACAUUGAUUCAUGAACAUAAUUUGGAUUACCCAGAUUUUUAUAAGAAACUGUACGGACUGUUUGAUCGAAAUUUAAUGCACGUUAAAUAUCGAUCGCGUUUUUUCCGUCUUGUCGAUUUGUUUCUUGCAUCUACACAUCUUCCCGUUCAACUAAUCGCAGCAUUCAUCAAACGAAUGUCACGAUUAUCGUUGACGAGUCCACCGCACGGUAUUGUCAUUUUGAUUCCAAUGAUAUAUAAUUUGAUGAAGAGACAUCCUGGGUGUAUGCAAUUAAUUCAUCGUAGUAAUACUAAUAAUCAUGGAAUAGUAUCUGAAAGUAAUGAUCCUUAUAAUUUCGAUGAAAAAGAUCCAAUGGAAAGUGGGGCUAUUAAUAGUUCUUUAUGGGAGAUAAAGACACUCCAAGAUCACUAUUACCCGAACGUAGCGACACUAGCAAAAAUUUUUGAAGAGCAAUUCACUAAACCGUCUUACAAUCUCGAAGAUUUUCUCGAUCAUACUUAUAAAACGAUAUUCGAAACAGAAAUCAAGCGAAGUACCAAAAGGAUGAAUAAUAAAAACAGCAAUAAUAAAUCACCAGCUCUUGCAUUUGAAAAACCGAAAUAUUUAUUUCCCUUCUACACUAAUAAUAUUAAUAAUAACGAUGAUAUGUGGAAAAUGUGGGAAUUUUGA